AUGAACUUUCUACUUCCAUAUUCAUUCCUCUUUGAAAUCGGCUUGACUGCUUUCCUUUCUCACCUUCAUUUUCAUAUUCUACAAGAUUUAAUCCUCCAUUAUGUGAUUCUCUUUCGAAUUCGUCUUCCAACAUGGGGUGUUCAUGAAUGGUAUUGGUUUCUAAGGACAGGCUUCUUCCCAAGCGCUUUAGGAUAUUUAAAUGGUUUAUGUGUUCAAUUACAAGUGAUCGGUACUCUUCUGAUUGCAAUCAAUCGAGCCACAUCACUUGCUUUUCCUCAUCAUUAUGAUAAAGACUUGCUAAUGCACUACAGUCUCCUUUUCCGAAUUCGUCUCCCAACCUGGGGUGUCUAUGAAUUCUUUUGGAAUGUUCAAGAGGGCGUAAUCCCUGCAAUUCUUGCUGUCGGUUACAUGUUUUCGGUUCUUUUUCAAGAACUUGGCACUCUUCUCAUUGCAAUUAAUCGAGCAACUUCUUUAACCUUCCCGCAGCACUACGAAUGGUUCUGGAGUCGUUACACCUGGCAUACUUGCAUCGGCUGUACCCUUUUUUGUUCUCUCUAUACAGGCCCCGUUUUCACCGAUUCCAGUUUCUUCUACAGAGCCAGUUGGGGCUAUUACAUCCCAUACACCCUUAAUCAAUCACCUCUAACGCAAGCUCUUGAUAAUGGUUAUUUCCCUCUCUGCCUUUCGAUCGUUUUCAUUUGUUUCCUAGUGAAUAUCUAUACAUGUAUUCGUUUAUAUUUUCAUUCGAGAUCAAUGCAAAGAGCGAUUAAUCGAAGGGAAAUGGCAUUUCAUGUGCUCACUGUUUUUCAAUUUAUCAUGCAAGCUGUCAACACGGGGGAUAUGGUUCUUGUUGUUGAUUUCCGAAGAGACGCGCAUGAUUGUGACGGGAAAAUUGAAAGGAAGAGAUGGAGUGCACACGAAGACGGCUGUGUCGACGAUUUCCAUGCAAAACUCUCCCCGUUUACUCCAAUCAUCAAUGCUUAUGGCAAAUGCGAAAUCAACCAAUCCGGGGUUAAAUCACAG